UGGGGGUUUUUUGUUCGGUUUUUUUUUGUUUUGGUUUGGGUUUUUUUUGUAGAGUCUUUGUUUGUUUACGGGGUUUUAUAAAGGCGUUUAACUGUUGACAGCGCUGGAAGCUGUUCAGCCCUCCCCCGUUUUCUUUGCCCGUAGCCCUGGCAGCAGAUUAACUCCGGUCGGCUCCCUGGUUGUUCCCGGGCGGCGCGGGGCCCUUGCCGGGAUCAGGAAACGCUGAGCUGCGCUGCUCCAGGGGCUGUGUCAGCAUGCUGGGAGUGUUCCCGGUCACGGGAAUUGGGCUGCGCUCCCUGCCCGCAGUGCCCUCGGCCCGGACCUUUGUACCUGCUCUGCCGCAUAAAACCAGCGAGUCAGCGGCAGUCCAACGGGGCAUGAAGAAUGGCUCCUCAAAGGGGGAUUGCGCUGCUUUGCUCCCUGUUCUGUAGUGUUGCGUUCCUCUGGUGUGGAGCAGCAGGACAGAGUGGUGCUGAGCCAGAGGUGACUCUUGAGCUUGGACGGCUCAAAGGGAAGCAAACAAAUGUGAAGGGAACAGACAAACUUGUAAAUGCAUUCCUUGGAAUUCCUUUUGCAAAAGCCCCCGUUGGAUCCUUGAGGUUUUCCCCACCUGAACCACCUGAGCCCUGGAAUGAUGUGAGAGAUGCCACCUCUUACCCACCCCUGUGUCCUCAAGAUCUGUCCUUGUUGAAAACAACUGAAAGAAACUUCAAAGAAAAACACAUUCCCUUCCGAACUUCUGAGGACUGUUUGUAUCUCAGUGUUUACAGCCCUGCUGGUUCCAGCAACAAGGACAAGUUACCUGUAAUAGUGUGGAUCCAUGGAGGCAAUUUUAUAUUUGGUGGUGCUUCUAGGUAUGAUGGUUCAGCACUGUCAGCCUAUGAGAAUGUUGUGGUAGUAAUAAUUCAGUACAGACUUGGACUCCUUGGAUACUUCAAUACUGGGGAUGAACACGCUCGUGGGAACUGGGCUUACUUGGACCAAGUGGCGGCUCUUCGGUGGAUCCAAGGAAAUAUCGAACACUUCGGUGGAGAUCCAGGAUCUGUCACGCUCUUCGGUGUAUCUGCAGGAUCUUGCUCUGUUUUUGCACAUGUUUUAUCUCCUUUGUCUAAGGGUCUCUUUCAUAAAGCAAUAUCAGAGAGUGGAAUUUUACUUCCCCCCAGUAGAGAGUUACUUCUUUCAGUAGAUCCUAAGAAAAUUGCAGGUAUCUUUAAGUGUGACACAAGCAGCUCCCUCUCCCUGUUAAACUGCUUAAGGAAGCAGGAAGCAGAGCAUAUCAUCUUCAACACCACGGACGUACCAUUUCUGCCCAUAAUUGUGGAUGGAGUAUUUCUUCAUAAGUCACCUGAAGAGAUAAUGGCUGGAAAAGAAUUUAAUGCAGUUCCAUUCAUGAUAGGAGUCACCAACAAUGAAUUUGGCUGGAAUAUCAGAUCUACAUCAAAAAUAACAGGUCUGAGGGAAAUAGGAGAUAAAAAAUCGAUCACUUCAACUUUACAGUUUUUUCUACCAAUGAUGGAUCUGCCAUCAGAUUUUCUGCCCAGGAUAGUGGAUGAAUAUGUAGGAGACACGGAUGAUCCUGCUGAGCUAAGGGACCGGUUUCUGGACUUGCUGGGGGAUAUGGCAAUUGUCAUGCCAGCCAUCAAAGCCCUGAAUUAUCACAGGGAGUCUGGAGCCCCCACCUACUUCUUUGAGUUCCAGCACCGCCCCAGUUCGUACUGGGACAGCAAACCAGAGUAUGUGAAGGCUGACCACGGGGAUGAAGCUGGCUUUGUCUUUGGAGGGCCCUUCCUGGCUGGAGAAAUUCAGCUGUGCAGUAAGGACCAGUCCUUCAUGUUCCCAUAGAGAUGAGCCUUGGAA